AUGGGAAUCAAAGACAAACAUCAGAAAAUUUAUGCAGAAGCCAAACCUAAGGGAAGCUUCAGAGAGCAAAUAAAUGAUGAACUAAAUGGGAGAUAUAAAACUGAGCUAUGCAAGAAUUGGAUAGAAGGGAAAUGCAACUUUGGAGAAUUUUGCAAUUUCGCUCACGGGGAAUGUGAACUUACAACAGUUAAUAAAAGCGUUUGUAAGCAAUUUCAGAAUUAUGGAUAUUGCUUAAAAGGAAGCAAUUGCUUAUAUUGUGAAAUACACUAUGUAGCACGGAGCUUUUUUGGCUCAAGUUUCCGGCCAAAAAAGCCCCGUGCUAUACAGUGUAUUUCACUAUAUAUCCAUAUAGAAAGAGUUAAGGGAGAGUAUGAGAUGAUAAAUGAUAUAAAUCGAAGAAGGGCAUUAAUUUUCAAUUCGAUCAAUUGGGAAUAG